AUGUCAAGAGCAUCACAACCAGAGUUGAAAAAAUUUAUGGAUCGUAAACUCUACCUACAUUUACAAGGUGGUAGAGCAGUUUCUGGUAUUUUGAGAGGAUAUGACAUGUUUUUGAAUUUAGUGGUGGAUAACGCUUUUGAAGAAUUGGGUGGUGGGAAGAGACGACUUAUUGGGACUACUGUCAUUAGAGGAAAUUCAGUUUCUUCCAUGGAACUUUUAGAUCCUAUGAGACAAUAA